AUGAUACCCAGAUAUUGGACUAAAGGGAAGAAACAAAAAGACGAAGAAGAAGAAGAAGGGGAGAAAAGAAGAAGAAGAAGAGGAGGAGAAAAGAAGAAGAAGAGGAGAAAAGAAGAAGAAGAGGAGAAAAGAAGAAGAGGAGGAGAAAAGAAGAACAAGACGAAGAGGAAGAGAAAAGAAGAACAAGAAGAGAAAAGAAGAAGAACAAGAAAGAAAAAUAUUGCUAUGUCCAAAACAAAACAACACUUUUUAAAUCAUUUUUUGAAGCUUCGUAUUGGCAAUGUACCGUUGAAAGUGGAAUGUUUUCCUGUGGUGAAUGGCAAGAAAGAAGAAAGAGUGGGAUUCAUAUUGCUGACCUUACGGGCUGCCAAAACUAUUGCGCCAAAUAGUAUGCUUUCAGAUCUCGAAGAGCGUUAUUUUAGGCCCCAAUGCGUGGAUUUACAGCUCGUUAUGUCCGCUGGGUUCGUGGAGGUCGGCGACCUCAACAGCAGGGCACGUUGCUGCGCCAAGGGAGCGUCCGUCGGGAAGGGGUUGACCGACGCCGACCACAGGGACGCGCCGCAGUGGGGCUGGCGUGCCUCCGCUCCGACUCCUGGAACAUGGCACAGCUUAUUAGGUCUAAAGUCGAAUGUAAAAUCCUACAACCCAUCAUUACUUUUAAAUUUGCAUGUUGAAGACACGGGAUUGGCAGAUUGGAAGCUUGCUGAAUCUCCGAACCAAUCAGAUGGAAUAUUCGCAUUGUCUUGGGAUAUUAUGGGCUGUACAAAACAAGAAAGAAAAAUAUGUGAACUUUCUUCACUUAUCUUAGAUAUUGAUUGCAAAUUUACAGUGAAAGUACCUGAUAUUAAUGGAAUGGUCAGGAAUCACAAAGAUAUGCAAAUUUCUGAUGUAGAUACUGGCCUCCAGUCCCGACAGUAUAGUGAGCAUGAAUGGUUCGCUAUGAAUUUCACGCUGGAAAGUAUUCAAGUGAACACCACAUCCUUGGGAAAUAGAUUUUACAUCAGAUUCGAGCAGGCCAACGCCAUGGUGGUUUUGCGGCAUAGAGAGCCCCUGGUGGUGAAGGGGGUGGGCCGGUUCGAGGCGGUGCGGGGCGUAGCCGCCACCCUGCUGCUGGGGGGCUCCGUGGAGGAGGUGCGGCGCGAGGUGGCGCUGCGGAGGCCCGCCGUGCUGCUGCUGGCGGCGGAAGCGGGCAGAGGGGGCGUGCCGCUCGCCACGGGCCAAAUCAACUGCUUGUCUGUGGUGGAACUGAAAAAUUUGGAAGGCGUGGCAUGUGCGCGUGUAAAGGUGCGGCUGGCUCUAGAGAAAGUGAUGGUGACGAGCCGAACGGAGCACGCCAGGACCUCGAUCGCAGAACCGUAUACUAUCGAAUCACUACAAUCCCACUCUUCUGGAUUGACCACAAACGUCUCUGAAGAUCAGGAAAAUUGCGAAACAGAUUUAUGCACGGAGAAGCCGGCCCCUAAUCCAUCAAUAUUGGAAGUGGAGUAUCAGAUGAAACUCCAAGAAUGCAGAGAAGCUUCUCGACGUAUGGAAGAUGAUUUCAAACUUGUGGUCUCCAGACUUCAGACAGAAAAUAAGCACCUCUUAGAUCAAAUUUCAUUACAAGAAGAUGAAAAUGAUCAUCUUUUGAGGAUAAAACAAGACUUAGAGAAGGAAUUGGAAAAGCUAAAAAGAAACAGUUUGACGGAAGGUCAGAUAGCUGGUAUCUUGAAAGAUCUCAUAGAAGAUUAUAGAAAAGAUACUGAAACUCACGAGAAUUUACAAUGUUCUCAAACAAAACUGUACGUGAAAUAA